CUGUAUGUAUAAUAUCCCGUACUUACAUACAAAAUAACUACAGUUAGCAGGUUGGUUCCGGUUGGUAGCUUUACGAUAUCAGCAUCAAAUCAGAGCAGACCGCUAUCGGCUUGCUCGAGCUUGGAACUUUACAUUAAAAAGGUACAUGACUUUAUUUGCGACUACAUUGUGCAACAAGAUUUUAAAGUAUCUCUGAACUAACGAAGUUGAUAAGAAUUGACUGCAGACUCAACAACAUGAUGUCACGACCCGUCAGCAAGCCACGACCAGUCAGGAGGGCACACACAUUUGAAGGGAGCACUCUGUACCCGUCCCGCAAAUCUAGUCUGAUCGAAGAUGCUCGUCGGGAUUCGUCCAGCUCUUCGGUCGACAUCUGGGGACCCUUCGGCCUCCCGAGUCCGACCGAACACGACGAUGUAUUCUCGGAGGGCACCGACGAGGUAACCAACUUGGUGAACGGAGACAUCCCGAAGAGACUGUGUGUGUCGUUCUCGUCCCGCGGUGACGCCGGUUUCGCCUCGCUGGCUAAAGCUGUGAAAGUAUUCGAGAUGACGAAGACAAAGCUGAUUCAAGUGGAAUCAAGAGCUUCCGCUGCAAACGACGGUUUUGAAUUCCUUGUUCAAGUCGAAGCAAAGAGUUGCAUCGUCAGGAGUCUUCUAGCCUCCUUGAAGAAAACAGUGGACUCCGUUGUCUUACAUACAGAAGAGGUUCCCAAAAGAGCAAUCUGGUUUCCACGUCACAUCUCGGAUCUGGAUAAAUGUACACAUCUCACCAUGUCGUACGAACCGGACCUUGAUAACGACCACCCGGGAUUCACAGACAAGGAGUAUCGCACACGACGAACCGAAAUUGCAAGCAUUGCUUUCCAAUAUAAGUACGGGAAACAUAUAGAGAAAGUGAGCUACAAUGAGAGUGAAAUACAGACCUGGGGUUACGUGUACCGCCAACUUCAACAGCUGUUUACUACGCAUGCCUGUAAGGAGCACGUGACAGCAUUUAGCGAAUUAGAGAAUGUUGGUCUGUACAGUCCUGAUUUUAUUCCACAACUUGAAGAUGUCUCUAACUUCCUUAAAGCUAAGACUGGCUUUCAGCUUCGACCUGUUGCUGGUCUAUUGACUGCUAGAGAUUUCUUGGCCAGCCUUGCCUUCCGUGUGUUUCAGACAACACAAUAUAUACGCCAUUCCUCAUCACCAAUGCACACACCUGAGCCAGAUUGUUGCCACGAACUACUCGGGCAUAUACCGAUGCUGGCAAACUCAGAAUUUGCACAAUUUUCUCAGGAGAUUGGAUUGGCCUCGCUGGGAGUGUCAGAUGACGACAUAACAAAACUUGCAACGCUUUACUGGUUUACCGUGGAGUUUGGACUAUGCAGAGAGGGGGAACAGGUCCGGGCCUACGGCGCUGGUCUUCUGUCGGCUCCUGGUGAAUUAAUGUACGCUUUGUCGGAUCAACCGGAGCAUCGUCCAUUUCAACCGGCCAAGGUAGCCAUUCAAGAAUACCAAGACAAGAACUAUCAAUCGGUGUACUUCGUGUCGGAAAGUUUUGAGGACACUAAACAGAAGUUAAGAUCCUUUGCAAACUCUAUGACGAGGCAUUUCGAAGUCCGCUACGACCCUUUCAAACAGACAAUAGUACCUCUCGACACCCUCGAUAAUGUGCGAGACACCGUGCGAGAUUUGAAGGCCCACAUCACCACGGUGACGUCAGCCUUGGAAAAGAUCACGAUGCACUGAUGACGUCAUGGUAUGGAAAAUGGAGAUAUCCUGCCGUCGAUUUCACCAAACUCUUCCUAACUUAGGAUUAAUCUGAGGACAAGUUACUCGUCCAAAAAUCGAAAUAAGAUUAAUCCUAGCGGUUUAAUGAAAUCGGCUGCUAUAUUCACCAAUCACUGCCGCAAAUGGAUUAAAGCAAUUAUUUUGAAUUGAUCUUGACUGUAGCAGAAUCGGGAGUAAAUCAAAUGUUUGUUUAUUUUUUGAGUUUUGUCAUAUCUACUAAAACAUAUAUUAAUAUUAUUAUUAUUAUUAUGGGAAAGGUGUGUAAAUACUACUGUUAUGUUGUAAACGUGUAGUUUGAUAGAGCUUACCACUACUAUCAAAUAGAUGUUUUCUUUGUUUUAGGAACCAAUGAAUGUAGAAAAAAAACUGUUUAUUUAUUUACCUUAAAGUGUCAAGGGAAGUAAAACAUGCCUACACUGCUCUAAUGUUCUUAAAAAUGGAUUUUUGGGGGAAUGCAGUUGUAGGUUAUUUAAAUAGUAAACUCUUUAGAAAACCCCCCAGAAGGAAAUAGAAAAACAAGGCAAGUCUGAGUUGACCAAGCACCGGAUCAAAUGAGCUUGACCAAUUUCUGGGUCAGUUUGAUCCAAAGUCUGCGUCCAAGUGACCAGAAGUGGGUCAAACUGCUCACGCAGAAUCCGAGCUAUGGAUCCCUAUUUUUUUUCUUCUUUCAGUUUCCAUGUCAGUCUGACCAAGAAGUUGUUAGGCUCCCUGUGACUCUGGAUCUGUGUCAAUUUUGACCUUGACCCGUUUAGAGUGUACGCCAUCACUAAACAUUGAAUGUAACUGUUUCAUGCCCGUGAUAGACUUGAUUUCAAGUCGGUGAUCUUAUUGUUUGUCUACCUGAACACAUUGCCUGAAGAAAUAGCGCCCUCUUUGUGGAUUAACCGUCGAUCACAAAUUAGGGAGUCAUACAUAAUAUAAUAAAUCGGUGCAAAUCAAAUUAUAUUCUGCCAUUUCCUGGUAUUCCGAAUUCAAGAAAAGAAUCAUCUAGGCCUUUUUUGUUUUUUAAAUUUAAAAUCUAAAAUAAAACUAAAUACUUGGUGGAGAGAUACUUGACGGCGUAAUAACAAAAAGUGGUGUCUUUUCAGUUGAUUUGUGAUGUAUUUUUUAAUAAUUUGAAGAUCUCAUUAACAAAACGCUAUAAACUUGAACUACCAAAACUACCAAGCACUAUUAAGACCAACAUCAAAAUGUUUAACAAAAAAAAUGGUGACGUGUUGGUAUGGUAUUAUUACAAACACGUUUAAUUGCCAACAGGGUUUGUGUAGUAUCCUGAUCGGUCAUCUCUCUGGCAAAUCCAGUAAUGAAUAAUUUACUGUCCCAUAAGCGCAUCGGGGUCAAGUCUGAUAACGCGGUAGGGUGUGUGUGAUAGCCAGUCUACGGCAGGCAUUUUGCAUUUUGCAAAGCUGAUGCAGAAUAACAGCGAUUUCAGACUUGAAAUGAAGUAUAUGCCAGAGAGAGGGUAGAGAUCUCGCAACUAAAUGCCACAGUUUAUUUAUCAUGUUCAGUUGAUUUGGAAGCUUCCCAUGUUGUAAAAAAAGUAGACUACUUUUUUUACAACAUGGGAAGCUUAUCAUGUUCAGUUGAAUUGGAAGCUUCCCAUGUUGUAAAAAAAAGUAGUCUACUUUUUGUACAACAUGGGAAGCUUCCAAUUCAACUGAACAUGCUAAAUAAACUAUUACGCGGGGAAAAAACAUGGAGUUAAAUCUCGCUUGGGAAAGAGUAUGUGUUUUGACAGGAGUUGGGAUAAAAGGUAAAGGACUUAUCGAAAAAUCUACCCUCAUCUAAAGGGGAAAAUGAUUGUAUAAAUGUUGGUAAUUUUGUCACCAGAAAUUAGUCUGGAGGGGAAUGUAACCCUUUUCCUAAUGUACGGUUUCGGCCCAGGCUUUGUCAGUUUAUGCAAAUGUACGUAUUCAGUAAAUAGCCGCAAACAUCGCAUCCUACCCUGAGCCCAAGCCGAACCCGUGGUUUCGAAAAGGGCCAUAGUUGUGACCUCCCUGACAACUAUUUCAAGUUGUGUGUAUAUUUACAGCAAUUCAAUUAAAGAGUCAUUAGCAAACAUGACAAAAAUGAUGCAAAGUAUAAUUAUAGACUUUAAAAAGGUAGACAAAACCACUUAUACAAUAGGGAUAUAUAUACAUAUCCCUUAUGUCUUAUCUACACUAGUCGGUUCUUGCCACUUAAAGACACUGGGCACUUUUGGUAAUUGUCAAAGAUAAGUCUUCUCACUUGGUGUAUUUUAACAUAUGCA